CCCUGACUCCAUUGCAAACAGGAGUGACUCUGGACUGACCCUGGGCACUGAGAAUAUAAUCCAGUCCUGACCCCAAGUGCAAAGAAGAGUGCUUCCCGCUUGACCUUGGGUGCUGAGAACAGAAUCCAGCCCUGACCCCAUUGCAAACAGGAGUGACUCCGGAUUGACCCCGGUGGAGCUGAGAUCAGAAUCUGACCCAACUGUAGUCAGUGGUGACUCCAGAUUGACUGGGGGGUGGCCUGGCAGCAGGGUGUUUCCUGCCCCCCAUCCACACACACACACACACGUGGGUGUCUCGGAGCCGGUCAGGCUGGUUUCUGGCUGGGUGGGGCCACAGCGCCGGAGAGGGUUGGACUCACCUUUGCCAGGUGAGACGCCGGGUUCCCAGGGCUCCAGGGCCCUGCUCAGCCAGCCGCUGCGGGCACCGGGUCGGACAGCCCCAGCCUAGCUUGGCACCAUGGGCAGCAUCAAGCAGCGAGAUCAGGCCUGGAUCCCCAAACGCUUCAAGAAGAAAACCUGCACGACCUACAUUGAGGAUCCACAGGACACGGGCACCCCCCCUCAGUGCCAAUGUGGGAGCCCCCGGGCCGAGCACGUCUCUGUGGCCGUGGAAGACGCCUUCGGCACGGCCAUCGUCAGCAAAUGGGACUCGGACCAGCACACUACGGAGGGGCCCACGGACGCCUUCGGGGAGCUGGAGUUCGUGGGGGCUGGUGGGAAACCCAGCAAGUUCAUCCGCCUGUCGGACUCCUCGGACCCUGCGCUCGCCUACAACCUGGUGACCGAACACUGGAAAAUCUCCCCUCCCAACCUGGUGGUGUCAGUCGUCGGGGGCGACGGGGAGGCCCCCGUCCGGGCCUGGCUCCGGGACCUGCUGCGUAAGGGGCUGGUGAAGGCGGCACAAAGCACAGGUGCGUGGAUCAUGACCGGAGGGCUGCAGGCCGGGAUCGGGCGAUACGUCGGGGAGGCCGUCCGGGACCACGGCACGGCCAGCACCAGCCCCUGCGCCCGCGUGGUGGCCAUGGGCAUCGCGCCCUGGGGCGUCGUCGCCAACCGCGAGGCCCUCGUCAACCCCAAAGGCUCGUUCCCUGCCCGCUAUGCCCGGGUCCCCGCCACGGACACCGCCCGCCCCCUGGACAGUAACCACUCGCUCUUCUUCCUGGUGGACGACGGCUCCCGGGGGCGCCCGGGGGGCGAGAGCCGCUUCCGUGCCCACCUGGAGAAACACAUCGCCCAGCAGAGGGUGGGCGCCGGCGGAACUGGCAGCAUCGAGAUCCCCGUGCUGGUCAUGGUCAUUGGGGGCGACGCCUCCAUGGUCACGCGCGUACGGGAGGCUGCCGAGGCAAACAUCCCCUGCCUGCUGGUGGGGGGCUCCGGGGGGGCGGCCGACUGCCUGGCCCAGAUCCUGCAGGACGUGCAGACGGACCAGGCGAGCCGGGUGCUGAUCCAGGAGAAGCUGCAGGGACGUUUCCCGCCCGCCGACGUGCCAGGCCUGGCCGAGCAGGUGGAGCGGAUCCUGGUGCUGCGGGACCUGGUCAGUGUCUAUUUGGAUGAGGACGGGCUGGAGGAGUUUGAGACGGUGCUGCUCAAAGCCCUGGUCAGAGGCGAUCACUUGACUGGUGAGGCCACCCAGUACCUGGAUGAGCUGCGUCUGGCUGUGGCCUGGAACCGCGUGGACAUCGCCAGCUCCGAGCUCUUCCGUGGAGACAUCCAGUGGGAGCCCUCCCAGCUGGAGGACCCCAUGCGGGACGCGCUGCUGGGGGACCGCCCGGCCCUCGUGCGUCUGUUUGUGGAGAACGGGCUGGAUCUGGGCGAGUUCCUGACCUGGGGCCGCCUGUCGGAGCUGUACCGAGGGGUCCCCGAGGCCUCGCUGCUGCACCAGCUGCUGGAGCGGCGCCAGGGGGGGGCCGAGCCCCCCCACUACCAGCCUGUGGAGCGCCCCCCCGACUGCCCCCUGACCCAGGUGGCCCGUCUGCUCCGUGAACUGCUGGGCGAUGUCUGCGCCCCCUUCUACGCCAGCCUGCGCCCCCCGGACUCCAAGGGGGCUGGGAAGAAGACUCCCCUGCUGGACAGGGACACCCCCUACCGCGGCCAGCGCACCCGAAACCCCUGGACCGACCUCUUCAUCUGGGCCGUGCUGCUCAACCGGGGCGAGAUGGCCACGUACUGCUGGGAGAUGGCCCCAGAUGCGGUGGGGGCGCUGGUGGGGGCGCGGAUCCUGCGGGAACUCUCCCACCAAGAGUCAGACGCGCAGGAGGCCGCAGACAUGAAGGAGCUGGCCAUGAAGUUCGAGACCCUGGCCAUCGGCGUGUUUGGCGAGUGCUACAGGAACAGCGAGUCUCGGGCCUCCCAGCUCCUCGUGCGUCGCUCCCGCCUCUGGGGCGGCACCACCUGCCUGCAGCUCGCCUGGCUGGCCGAGGCCCGGUGCUUCUUCGCCCACGACGGGGUGCAGGCGCUGCUGACCCAGAACUGGUGGGGCGAGAUGGAAGGGUCCACGCCCGUCUGGAAACUCCUCCUCACCUUCUUCUGCCCUCCCCUCAUCUUCACCCACCUCAUCACCUUCAGGGCGAUGGAGGAGGAUCAGGAGCAGGAGAAGCCCCACACCCUGGAGCUGGAGACCCUGAACACUGACGGGAAAUGCCCCAUGGAGGAGAUCCUGACGGGGUCGGCGUCCUCGCUCAGCUCCCCCCCGCGGCCGGGCCGGGCCUGGCUCUGGCGCUGGCGCCGGUUCUGGGGGGCGCCGGUGACGGCCUUCCUGGGCAACGUGGUGAUGUACCUGCUCUUCCUGCUGCUCUUCUCCUACGUGCUGCUGCUGGACUUCGCGCCCCCCCCGCCCGACGGCCCCAGCGGCGCCGAGGUCCUGCUCUACGUCUGGGUCUUCACCCUGCUGUGCGAGGAGCUGCGCCAGGGCUGCUUCACCGGGCGCCAGCCGCUGGCCCAGCGCGUCCGCGCCUACCUGCAGGACCCCUGGAACCAGUUCGACCUGACCGCCCUGGGGCUCUUCCUGCUGGGGGCUGUCUGCCGGAUGUUCCACAGGACCUACCCGUCGGGGCGCACCGUGCUCUGCCUGGACUUCAUGGUCUUCACCCUGCGUCUCAUCCACAUCUUCGCCGUCAACAAGCAGCUGGGCCCCAAGAUGAUCAUUGUGGGCAAGAUGAUGAAGGACGUCUUCCUCUUCCUCUUCUUCCUGGCCGUCUGGCUGGUGGCCUACGGGGUGACGACCGAGGGGCUGCUGCACCCCAGUGACCAGCGCCUGGCCUGGAUCUUCCGCCGCGUCUUCUACCGGCCCUACCUGCAGAUCUUCGGCCAGAUCCCGCUCAACGAGAUCGAUGCGGCGCUGAUCGCGGCGUCGAACUGCACGGACGACCCGGCGGCGAUCCUGAUGGAGGAGGCCGAGCCCUGCACGAACACCUACGCCAACUGGCUGGUGCUGGUUCUCCUCGUCAUCUUCCUCCUCGUCGCCAACAUCCUGCUCCUCAACCUGCUCAUCGCCAUGUUCAGUUACACCUUUGCCAAGGUGCAGGGCAACAGCGACACCUACUGGAAGUCGCAGCGUUACAGCCUGAUCCUGGAGUAUCACAACCGGCCGGCGCUGGCCCCCCCCUUCAUCAUCAUCAGCCACCUGCGCCAGCUGCUGCUCCACCGGGCCCGGGGGGGCUCUGCCAAGAGCCGCCACUUCGCUCGGGACCUGUCCCCGGAGCAGGACGCCCGGCUGCUCACCUGGGAGGCCGUGCAGAAGGAGAAUCACCUGGUGGCCCUGGGCCGCCAGAAACGGGACAGCGACACCGAGCGGCUCCGGCGGACGUCUCAGAAGGUUGACCAGGCCUUGAAGCAAUUGGCCGAGGUGCGGGAGCAGGAGCGACGGCUGAAGACCCUGGAGACCCAGAUGGAGAAGUUCACCAGCGCCCUCUGCUGGAUGAUGGACACCCUGGCUCAGAGCGACCUGGGGAAGAACCGCCCUGCCCCCCCCACGCUCAAAAAGGACUGACCCUCCUCAACCCCAGCGAGGGAGGGCGUCUGCUGCGGAGAAUCAACACCCAGCUGCGAACCCAGGUGUCCGGGCACUACAGACUGUCCUGGGGGGCUGGAGUCUACGACACCCACCGCUGCAAACCCAGGGAUCGGGGCACCAUGGACUCCCCCCGCACCCUGCUGCGAACCCAGGGAUCGGGGCACCAUGGACUCCCCCCCACACCCCACUGCGAACCCAGGGAUCGGGGCACCAUGGACUCCCCCCCACACCUUGCUGUGAACCCAGGCAUCCGGGCACCAUGGACUCCCCCCCACACCCCACUGCGAACCCAGGCAUCCAGGCACCAUGGAUUCCCCCACACACCCUGCUGUGAACCCAGGGAUCAGGCACCAUGGACUCCCCCCCACACCUUGCUGUGAACCCAGGCAUCCAGGCACCAUGGACUCCCCUCCACACCCCACUGCGAACCCAGGGAUCCGGGCACCAUGGAUUCCCCCCCACACUCCACUGUGAACCCAGGGAUCAGGCACCAUGGACUCCCCUCCACACCCCACUGCGAACCCAGGUGUCCGGGCACCAUGGAUUCCCCCCCCCCACACCCUGCUGCGAACCCAGGCGUCCGGGCACCAUGGACUCCCCCCCACACCCCGCUGUGAAGCCAGGGAUCGGGGCACCAUGGACUCCCCUCCACACUCCACUGUGAACCCAGGCAUCCAGGCACCAUGGAC